UCCGCCAUAUUGAAUUUUGUUGUGCUUAAAAAACAUUGUGAGCACGUGGAUUGUUGGAUUAAUUUAAGCUAAAUUUGAUAGUUAAAUCACUUAGCACGCCUAUUUGCUUUGUUUUCAGAUAUUUAAUUAUAAGUGGAACUAUUACUUGUUUCAUCUCAAAAUUGGUAAAAGUGGCUCUAUACAAUGGCUCCCUGUCGCCAAGUACUCAUGUGGUCAGUACCAUCUAUAGCAGUUUUAUUGGGAAUAUUCUGGUUCAGAAAAAAGAGAGAGUUUGCCAAAUCUGACCCAGGAGGAAGAGAAAGGAUAAAAAGUCUUAAAGAAGAGUUAGCUGAAGUACUGAAUGCUGAGGCAGAAGCUAUAAAGGCCUCUCCGCUCAGCAAAACUGACCGCUCCAUAAUAAAGUCUACCCCAAUUGAUAUUGUUCCUAAUGGUAGUGGUUCACAAAGAUCAUCCCCGUUGGAAUUAACAGAUGAAGAAGUUGACAUGGAAAUAGAAAAGAUUAUUAGAAAAAAGUCUUUAGAAAAAAACAACAAAAGGAUGUCUUUUAAUGACAAACAUUUGGUAGUGAGCUCAUCUUUCAAGCAGCCUAGAUUUGUUGUUAAUAAUGAGUCAUCUCCUGUAUUCUUAUCACUUCAAACAGAAAGAAAUUGUACUAAAGAUGAUGUUGAUGCCUAUUCUGUGAAGGUGGUUAAUGAAGAUACAGCUAUAAUGAAAGAAAAUAUCCACAAUAAGUCUGAAAAAGAUACUUCUCAAGAUUGUACAAAAAAUGAUACUGUUAAGUCAGAAAUGAAUGCAGGUGAAGAAAGUGCAGUGACAGAUACAGAAGAAUUAAAUAUUAUUGAUAAUGUAGUGGACGAACCUUGUGAUAGUAAUAACAGUGAAAAUAGAUUCUCUGCCCCACAAACUAGACGUAUCUCUGAGAGAGACUCUGCAAAUCACAGUCCAGUAGAUCCUAUGCUAGCUAGUCCUUCAAUGUGUCACUUUUCAGAUAACCACAGUGAGGGUUCAAGUGACAGUGGUAAAGGAUGUUCAGAAGCAGCUAGCCCACCUCCAGCUAAUAUGAAUUUGGUCCCUUCUGACACAGGGCUUAGAAUACAUCAAUUUAUAAUACCACAGACCCUGGUUGGUCUUUUAAUAGGAAAACAUGGUUCUUUUGUAGCCCAAAUUAAAGCCAAAACUGGUGCAAGUGUGUAUGUGAGGAGGCAUCCUGAUUCAGUUAAACAAAAAAUUUGUGCAGUUGAAGGAACUCAAAGUGAAAUAGAGGCAGCUUUAGAUAUGAUAAAAGAAAAAUUCCCAGAAAAAAGGUUUCCCAACUUCUGCAUGCAGGAAAUUAGUGCUGAAUUAUAUCAAAGACUGGCUCCAUUAGUACCAGACUUCCUACAAUUACAGCUCGUGGAGUCUGUGAACAAUGACACAAUAAUGACGUGCCUGGUGAGCGCGGGGCACUUCUUCCUGCAGCAACCACUGCACCCCACCUUCCCCUCUCUACAUGCCCUUCACCGGCUUAUGGCCGCCACAUAUCAGAAUCCAGACGUACCGGCUCUGCCACGCCCUGUGAAAGAAGGGUCCAUAUGUGCUGCACCAACAGAGAAUAAUUGGUAUCGUGCUCAAGUAAUAUCAACAUCCGAGGAGAAUGACACGUCUGUUGUGAAGCUGGUAGACUUUGGAGGAUACCUCACAGUGGAUAAUGACCAGCUCAAACAGAUCCGCUCUGAUUUCAUGACAUUGCCUUUCCAGGCAACAGAAGCCCUUCUGGCGUUCGUGAAACCAGCGAAAAAUGAGCCUGAGUGGAGUAAUGAGGCGCUCCGCAUUAUGGCGGGACUGACUGCUGGUCAGCUUCUACACGCACAAGUCGCCGGCUACGACGAGUGCGGCCUUCCGCUAGUACAUCUCUACCUCACCUUAAGUCCACAGCAAGUGAUAUUCCUAAACAGAGAGUUAGUGGACCGCGGCUUGGCGGAAUGGGACAUGCCGGUGGACUCGUGAAAGAUACCUCGCCGCAUGCGUUCCACUUCUGUUACUUACUUGUGACUUUAUUUUUAUUUUGACGCUGAUUAGUAUAAUGGGAUUGCAUUUCAAUGUACAUACACAUUAAUUUCACUACUAUACUGAGUACUGGUAGUGAAUUAUCGAGACUUAAUUUGUUUUUAUUUUUAUGAGUUGUCGAGUUAACUCUUAAUAAAUGUUUUCUUUUAGUUGACUUUUGAUUUCAUAGCUACAGUUAAUCAGGCCAAUCUGUAUAAGCUUGCUCUUAUAUAAAUUAAAUUACAAUGAGAAUAGCAAUAUGUUAUCUAUAUAUUCUAAUACUUUCAAAUCUAUUUGGUCUUUAUAUUCAUUUUUAAGUUACUCUUAAUAUUUCAUUUCGUCUAAGCUCCCACAACAGUAACAUAAAGCAUGCAAUACGCUUAUAUAAGUAUAUUACAAAUUUCAUAUAUUGCAAAUUGUUUCUUAAGUCGUUAAUCAUUAUUCGGCAAUCGAACGAGGUCUACAUUUUUGAUAACCUUUGCGAGGGCCAUAUAGUUUUUAUAAUAUUCAGGAUGCUCAUUAUCACUAAGUUAAGUUGAUUGACACUGCCUUUUCGAUUAUUAAUUUUCUCAUGUAUUCGUCUUGAUUCGAUGUCAUCUAAAUCAAGUCAACGUAAUAUUAUUAGAGGUGCCAAAUACUGCUUGUAUUUUUCAUAACCUAUUAUGCAUAAUACGCUGUUUUAUAACACUUUUAUUUAAAAAGAUGUCGGCGAUAUCGCCUUGAAAGAUGUGCCUUUAUGCAAUGUUUUCCUUUUAAUUUUAAACUUUCCAUAUUCUAUAAUGUAUAUAAAAUACUUUACCACAAGAAAUAAUGCGUACUAUGCGCAAUUGUAAAGCUUAACGAUAUAAUGCAUAUCGUUAUAUUUUACGUAUUUUAUUUACAUUAAAUUAAUGGAAUUAUACAAUUAUAUGUAUAAUAUUUUACGACGGUUGACUGAAUAUGUAUAAUAGUUGUAAAAUUGUAUAAUGUGUGUGUAAAAAGAAAGUACAAUAAAAAGUGACGUUUAUGACAAAAAUUGAUAAUGAAUAUAUCUGUAUAUUUCCCAAUUUACACCAAUUAUUUAAUAUCAUAAAAAUUACAAGUUGACUUUAUUUUUUGCAAUGAUCUUUUCUUAAAUUUGAAUAUCAGUUAUGAAUUCAAUACUUAUUUUACUAAUUUCAGUCGCUCACUGCAAAAUAUCUGGUCAUCUUUUUAGGUAUUUAAGCUAUUGGAGCGAUCAACUUCUGUUUACUUUUCUUUCCUUUCAGAUGGCACACUGAUCGUCAUUGUAAUACAUAUUACAAUUGAAGCUUUGAUAUAAUCGUUUAGUAAUUUGAAGUUGUAAUAAGCACAUUGAUAAUUCCCGACUUGUUAGUUUAAUAGUGUACAUAAUAGAAAUGUUAAGUAGCAAUAAAAAUAUAUUCAUUGUAUGGUAGUGAAUCCAGUAUUUUAUUAUGUUGAAAAUUAAGUGUUUGUUUUUAGUGUUAUUCUGUACGCGUAUUGUGUAGUAUAGUUGAAAGCUUUUUGGGGAAGCUUAGAUUCAGCGUCGUUGAGUCCAUUAUAUUAUUAUUAGAUUUACUUAAUAAAAAAGCCAGCGGGUUUUUAUUUCUUGUGUUUAUAUAUUAGUUAAUAUGUACGUAAUAAUAAAUCGGUUAGUGUUCCGAGUAUAAAUAGAUAUAAACAGCUGGCUCUCAAUUUGCAUUUUGUUGCCCCUCUUGUAUAUAAACUAUUAUAUUUGCGGUUAAAUCAAUAAAUUAUCGUUUAAAAAUUAA